AUCCAUGUUGAUUGUUGACUGUUGUCAUUUUCACUUUGCAAUUUUAGCUACACUCAAAAAAGUAGGAGUGGUAAUAAGAAGCUUAUCAACCAAUCAGAAAGAGAAAAAGAAAGAGAAGACAAAUUCGGGAGGAGUUUCUCUAUACAUGUAUGUACAGUUGCCGUAGCUUAGCUACAAGUCUUCAGUCGCGGAUGAUGAUGGGGAAGAGGAAAAUGAUGAUGAUGAUGAUGAUGUAUAAGAGGAUGAAGAAAUCAUGAAGAGAUGAUAACAAAGAAUGAUCUUUGUGAGAGCCACUUAGCAAGUAAUUGUUUUUGGGUUCUCGGUAUAGUUCAUUCCGAUCUCUAAGAUUUUACUUUUUUUUUGGAAAUUUCCCACGACAAGAGUUAAAUUUUUUUCGUUUAUGAUUCUAAUUACUCUCAAUUUGCUUAUGAUUGGUCAUUAGUGGUGAGCGAAUAUUAGAAGAGAUAUUCUUCCAGGUAAAUUGUAUCAACAAGUUGUUGAUGAUAUUCACGAGAGAUUGAAACAAAUCAUCUCUCAUCGUAUGAAAUAAAAUAGAUUCACUCCUGAGCAGUUGAAACAUUUUGACAGUUUCCGAGUUUUUUACCCUCAAGAUGGAAAAGGUUUUCUCCAUGUGAAUGUUGCCCUCCGAUGAGAUUCUAGUGAGGAGGUGGAUAGAAAAGUCAAAGCGGGUGGUGGUUUUGUGCCUUACGUAAUUUGUAUUGGCUGAAGUAACGAAAAGAUUAUGAUCUUGGAACGUGAUCGAUUCAGAAUUGAUUCUAUUAAUAGAAAAUAGGAUUAAUCUAAGUCUCGCUCGAUUUCCUCAUUGUAACAUUGAUCUUACUCUCGAAAAGUUUGAGAAUCGAAUCAUCAAUAAUUUCAUCCUCAACUUACGUAAUAAGUGUGAUGAAUUCACAAAGAAUUGGAUAAAGUGUAUUAAUUGUUCAUUCAGAACUCGCUGUUGUUGGGGAUACCAGAGAGGAUUGAAAAAGAUUCUCGAAUGUCCAAAAUGUAGUGAAGACAUGGACCAGGAGGUGACUGAUAAAAACUUUCACUAUCAACUUUUAUUUUAUGAAACUCUUCUUGAUCGAGAAGGAGCUUUAAAUUCAUUGUCAAGUGCAUCCGAAAAAGCUGAAUUGGAGACGAAAACUGCUUCAUGUACCUCUUUGUACCAAUCGCUCUACCAAUUAGUCCGCUCACUCCGUCUCACAAUGUCUUAUACCGAUGUUAAUCUUCCAACAUUUUCCAUUCCCAAUUGUUCAGUUGCAUUAAAAAGCAGAAUAAAAAUUGACCGCUGGUCAAUUUUCACCGAUACUCGAGUGAUGACCAAGCCUAAAGCUUAUAUUAUGUUGUUUAUUAAUGAAAAUCCUAAUCACUUUACAUGAUAAUUAAUCUUGUAUUCGCUUAAAAAUCAAUCAGUUCAUUUGUGUGUAUUUUUAAUCCAAAUUUGUAUUUCAUUUAUUAAUUUCCACCUUUCAAUUUAAUCAUUCUCAUUGUACAAAAGUAAAACUAAUCAUCUUCACGUUGAGAACAUAAUUAAUAGCAAAAGUAAAACUCAUCAAAUCUCAUA